AUGAGUCCUUCAUUUCUCUUCCUCACACUUUUCCCAAGCCUAGCCCUUGCCCUGCCAGGGACAACCCUCGGCAAACGCUCCAGUACACUCAUUCCAACCACCUGCUUCGAUUCCAACGCAACCCUAAACGAGUACUUCAACUAUAACUACCCAUGGGGCGACACCCACAAUGGCGCCGCCAUAAUGAGUAGCGCGAACGCCAUAAUCUCCACACCCGGCACUUUAACUCUAAACGCAACCUACACCGGCGCCUCAGACUACGCCUACGACUCCGGCACCGUCUGGGCCAAGCAAGCAUUCACCGUGGAGGAAUCCGGCGGCCUAGAUUUUUCCGCCGAUUUUCUCGCUCCCGUCGUCACGGGUACUUGGCCUGCGUUUUGGCUCGAUGGGGAGAAUUCCUGGCCUCCAGAGGUCGAUAUUGCUGAGUGGAAGGGUACGGGCGAUAUCAGUUUCAACACCUUUAAUACUUCCAGUGUGGUUACGGCUCUUGAUGUGGAUUAUCCUGAUCCGACGGAGUUCCAUACCGUUAAGGCUGAGUUCAGGGAUGAGAAUGGGAGUGAUGUUAGUAUUAAGUUCUAUCUUGAUGGGACUUUGAUCACUACGCAGUAUGCUAGUGGGCUUACGGGGCAGCCGUUGUAUUUGAUUAUUGAUUUGCAGAUGGAGGGGAGUAGUGGGAGUCCAGGUCCUACUGGAAGUAAGUUUGACUUAUUGAUUGCACGCAUGUUCGAAGCUAAUCUGUGA